AUCGUCUAAAAUCGCGGGAAACGCGUCCCGCUUCAGGAGCUCCGCGAGGUUUGUCCAUGAUUCGUUAUUAUCUCAAUUAUUGAGGUGGUUGUGUGAGCAAAAAUUAGGCUUGUGUAAAGGUUUUCGCGGUGUGAAAGCCGACGUUUGCUCUCCGGACUAGAUAAACACGAUCCUUCGCAAGAAAGAGAGUAACCCUUGAGACACGGGAUUUGUUGACUAGUGCCAGCGGUAAUGGAAAUUGUUUUCCACGUGUAAGUCUUUGCCGCUGGCAUUUCAUGACUUUCGUGAGCAGCCAUCGUUGAGGAAAUUAACGCAUUUUAGUGAUUUGUAACAUUCAGUGUGUAAAUAUCAGAAAAUGCAACACUGAUUUCUAAGUUAUGAAUACUGUGAGCAUAGAAGCCAACAAGAAUUCAAAAAUAUCGAAGACUCAAGAGGAGUUUGUCGAUGAAAAUAAUAUAUCUGAAAAGAUGGAUAAAGUCAGUUGUUCUUCUACUGCUUCUAAUAACGUAGAAGAAAUUUUGUCUCCUAAGAUAAACCAUUCAAGUAAUCACAAUACUGAAUGCCAUUGGGUAAUAGGACAGUUAGCAUGGGCCAGGGUUGGCAAUUUCCCAUUUUGGCCUUGUAUUGUGACACUUGAUCCAGUCUCAAUGAUAUAUCACAAGCUUAAAGUUAUGAGCAAAUCAACUAUCUUGUUGGUACAUGUUCAGUACUUUGGAGACAAUGAACGUCAUAGCUGGGUUUCAUCAAAUUCUAUGAUAUCAUUUACAAAUCUUGAUGACUUUGUAAAACUACCAGAAUCACUAACAGCAGAACAAAAAAAGCAAAAUGCUAAAUACAUUAGGGCUUUUGUUAUAAAGCAGGGAACAAAGGCAAAAUGGGAUAAAGCAGUUGAAGAAGCAAUGGAAGUACAGUCAAUGACAAUUGAAGAAAGAGCUGAAGCUUUUGCACCAAAAAAGAAAGUUUCAAAGUCUAAAGUAACUUUAAAGUCAUCUUCUAAUGAUCAAAAAAAUAAAAACAAGAGAAAAAAUUCGACUGAUCAAGAUAGACCUGAUACUAAGCGCACUAAAUAUGAUAAUAUAUAUAAUGCAGGAAAAUUGGAUACGCCAAAAUCAAAAAAUUUGCGGACUUCUAACGAUAAAGCUGCUUUAAAACUAAAUUUAGAUUCUUUACCUUCAUCUCCUUCAAGUUCUAAAAGUUCUCAUGAAAGUACAAAUACAAAAAUUGAUAAAGGUGAAGAAGAUCUAGAAGGUUUAUUUGAAAUCUAUUAUUUAAGAAAUAGAGAUUUUCUGGAGGAAGAAUAUCCAGAUGCAUCAGAGCAAGAAAUAAAAAAAUAUUUGCGAAAAACUUGGAAUGACAUGGAUAAAAGUUAUCGAAAGAAAUAUCGAUCGUAUAUGACCAAUGAUGGUAAUUUACCUUCAAAGGAAAGUUCUCCAAAUCGUGAAGAAAUAUUUGCUGAUAUUGAAAUGAGUAUUAAGGAAAAUAAAAAAACAAAAAAUAAGAUUGACAAAGAAGAAAGUUCUGUUUCAGAGAUGAAACGAGGUAGGCCAUACAAUCUCUUUAAAGGUUUGAAGCAAGAGAAAGUUUGUCAGAUUUGCGAGAAGGCAGGCAAGUUAACGAGAUGUAAAGGACCUUGUUAUUCUUAUUUUCAUUUAUCCUGUGUGAAACCUGGCGAAUCUAGUCCAGAACACUCUGCUGAUGAGAACACAUCAGAUGAUAAAAUACUUGACGAUUUAAAUAUAAUUAAAAAAAGUAUUAAUAGUGAAAAUAAAAAUGAUAAAUCCGAGGAACAAGAAGACGAAACAUUUAAAUGUAUUGACUGCUUAUCUGGAGUAGCACCUGCUUGUUUUAUAUGCAACGAAAGAGAAGGAGAUAGAAUAAGAUGUAUUGUGCCAGCUUGUGGAAAGCAUUAUCAUUCCAAGUGUUUGAAUUCGUGGCCUCAGUCACAUUGGCAAGGUGGACGUUUGACGUGUCCGUAUCAUGUAUGUCACACAUGUAGUUCCGAUAAUCCUCAAGACAAUCACUCGCGCGCUCCUAACGAGAAAAUGGCAAGAUGCGUCCGUUGUCCUUCAUCUUAUCACGCGUCCAUCAAGUGUCUUCCUGCCGGCUCGACAAUUUUGACGGCCAGUCAAAUCGUAUGUCCUAAGCAUUACAAAGCGCCAAAUCCUCCAUCAAAUGCGGCAUGGUGUUUCUUGUGUUCACGAGGCGGCAGCUUGAUUUGUUGCGACACGUGUCCGACUUCAUUUCAUUUGGAAUGUCUCGGCAUAGAUGCACCUGACGGUGGAUUUAUUUGUGAAGAUUGCGAAACAGGAAGAUUACCCUUGUACGGAGAAGUUGUGUGGGUGAAAUUCGGCCAUUAUCGAUGGUGGCCGUCUCGUAUAUGUUAUCCGCAAGAAAUACCUGAAAAAGUAGAUGCUUUAUCUCAUAGCCCUGGUAAAUUUUGCGUAAUGUUUUUGGGAUCUCAUAAUUAUUAUUGGGUGCAUAGAGGUCGAGCUUUUUUGUAUCAAGAUGGCGACGCAAAUUUUAAACCACCUAUAGGUAAAAAGAAUGGUAUGGAUGACAGAUUUCGAGCAGCCCUGCUAGAAGCAAAUAGAUUGCAUCAACAAUUAAAAUCGCAGCGAUCCGUGACUAAGGAACCAAAAGGAUUGAAACCACCACCAUAUGUAAAAUUAAAAGUCAAUAAACCAGUGGGUAACGUGAAGCCAGCCGAAGUCGAGAGCAUUGUGGCGUGCGAAUGCAAUCCUGAUUUGGAUAAUCCAUGCGCACCUGGAACAGAUUGCUUGAAUCGUAUAUUGUUGGUCGAGUGCAGUCCGGGAAUCUGUCCGGCUGGGCCCAAAUGUAUGAAUCAAUCGUUUGUGUUGCGACAAUAUCCAGCGAUGGAGCCAUUUCACACGGUGGGUCGCGGCUGGGGUUUACGAACUUUGGAGGACAUUCAAGCCGGACAAUUCGUCAUUGAGUAUGUGGGAGAAGUUAUAGACGAGGCUGAGUAUAGGUGUAGAUUGUAUCGAAAAAAGGAACUAAAAAAUGAAAAUUUUUACUUCUUGACAAUCGAUAAUAAUAGAACAAUCGACGCGGAACCGAAAGGAAAUCUAAGCCGAUUUAUGAAUCAUUCAUGCGCCCCGAACUGUGAAACGCAGAAAUGGACAGUAAAUGGCGAUACGCGUAUCGGUUUAUUUGCUUUGCGUGACAUAGAAUCAAGUGAAGAGCUGACGUUUAAUUAUAAUUUAGCGUCAGAUGGAGAAACGCAUAAACAAUGUCUUUGCGGUGCACCGAAUUGUAGUGGUUUUAUUGGUCUAAAAGUACAGAAACAACAACCAAAGAAAGAUGAUAAGCCUAAACGAAGAUGGAGAAAAAAACUUAUAUGUUGGCGAUGUGGGCAAAAAAUAUCUGAUUCUAGUAAAUUUAUAAUUUGCUCGCAAACAACAUGUAAAAAAAAGUAUCAUAUGACGUGCGUGGAAGUUGAUGAGGCGGAACCAAAAUUCAGUUGUCCUUGGCAUUAUUGUUUAGAAUGCGGUCGUCGUACAUCUUCACACUGUUCUUUCUGCAGCACUGCUUUCUGUCAAGUUCAUCUGGAUGGAAACUUAUUCGAACGAGAAAACGACAAAAGUGGUGUCGUGUGUAAAUCACACGAAAAUGCGGAUACACCAAAACCCACCGGAGACGAGAAAGAAUAUUCGGAUAAUGAUAACGAGACAGAUAAAGAGUAUUCCUCCACGAGUUCCAGUAGUCCGAUCGUAAUGGAAAAAAUUGCGACGCGAGAACCAUCACCAAGGGUUUCUAUCGUAGAGGUUCAUCUUAGCAGUGAAGAGAGUGAAGGAUCUCAAAAGGAAGAGGAAGAAAACAAUCUAGAGAUUAAUUUUAUGUCAUGUGAUAAAAGUUCAAGAGCUUCAGUGAAGAAAAACACACUUCAUAAAUCACAGAGAGAAGGAAAUAAAACGAAGGACUUAAGUAAUCUUACAUCUAGUCAGUUAGAAGCCAUAAUUGGCGGUAGCUUGAAUGAAUGAAUAAAUGAAUGAAUGAAUUUUUCUAUCAUUCAAGUUAUCAAAUAUUUAAUUAUGCCUAUAGUGAAGCUAUAUAUGCUCAUAUAACUCUGACAUAUGAAUAUGAUUAAAUAUAAUUAUAUAUAAAAUAUUAAGAAUUACAAAAAUUUGCAAAAUAUCUUUUGUUUAGCCAUGUCGAUAUGUAACAUACUUAUUAAUCUCGAAAGCAAUUAGAAAAAUUAAUUUAGCACUUGUGCAUAGUAUUUGUAAAUUAUGAAUAUGUAUUGUAAAAUUUUAUAUGAUGAUUAGUGCCUUGAUAAAAGAAUAAGUAAAUUGUGAAAAGAAUAAGUAAAGUCUUUGAAAUUGAUCAUAUUUGUGUCAUAAAGUUCUCUUUAUGCACUAUGUUACUUUCGGAAUAUUUAUAUUCAAAUUUACAUUCAAAGACUUAAACUUUUAAUUAUUAAAUAGUUAGUUGUGAAAAUAAAUUAAAACUAUGUAAUAGUAUAUAUUAAGGUAAGCAGGCCACAUUAUUAUAUAUUGAAUUGAUUGUCUUCAGACUUGCAAUAAAGAUUUUCACUGC